UCAUGACCCUUAAAGUCUUCGCGUCUGUGGGAUAGUUUCUUGUCGCAUUUUGAAGUUCGAAGUGGAAGAUGCUGUGAUUGAUUAAUACUUCAGUUGUGUCGAGAAUCAGGAAGUGUUUCUUAUUAUUCUCGUUGGAAGCAGAUUGUUUGUAUCAUUGAAGAAAGUUACGGCAUUAUCGUUUUAAUGCAUCUAACCUCAAAAUUGUUCAAGUGUCAACCACGUUUUUCUAACAUUGAUUGCAUGUCGGCCACGUACAACGAAAAGAAAAUUAUUCGUUCGCGCUCGUCGUGUGCUUAUCUAUCGUUUUACAGUUUGUAUUGGCGAGUAUGCUUUAUAAGACAAGAGCAAUGCCAAUCGAACGACGAUAUACUCUUGUGUUUAGCGAAUAUUGUGCAUUUUGGAACGAAAAUAAAGUGAAAUAGUAUUUACUAUAUUUACUAUAUUUUAGUGCAUUGGGACUUAAUUUGUUUUCGAAAAUUAGAUCUUUAAUUUAUUCGUAUACAUUAUUUAGCAUAAUUAUUUUUGUAAGUACAUAUAGUGUAAGCAGUAUAUGAAGCAGGAUAUAGCUAGUAUCAUAUAUUAUUCUUUUUUACAUUGAUUAUAAACAAUGAAGCUUGUAAACGCUGAGAAGCUCUGCGAGCUACAACAAGAUCCUAAUCGUAUUCGUAACAUUUGUAUACUUGCACACGUUGAUCAUGGGAAAACAACAUUGGCAGAUUCUCUCGUUGCAAGUAAUGGUAUUAUCUCUAAUAAGCUUGCUGGCAAGCUUCGAUAUUUGGAUAGUCGUCCGGAUGAACAAUUAAGAGGAAUUACUAUGAAAUCGAGUUCUAUAUCUCUUUAUCAUAUUUAUAAUACCACAGAAUUUGUGAUAAAUCUCAUAGAUUCUCCUGGCCACGUUGACUUUGCAUCAGAAGUUUCAACUGCUGUUAGAUUAUGUGACGGCGCUGUUAUUGUUGUUGACGUUGUAGAAGGAAUAUGUCCCCAAACUCGUAGUGCACUUUCUAUAUCUUAUGUCGAAGGUCUCAAACCUCUUUUAAUCUUGAAUAAAAUUGAUAGACUGAUAACAGAGAUCAAAUUGUCACCAUUGGAUGCUUAUCUACAUUUGACACAACUUUUAGAACAAGUUAAUGCAGUGAUGGGAGAAUUAUUUGCUAGUGAUAUAAUGGAACGUGAAGAGAAAGAACAGACCAAUGUCUCUACAACUGAAAAUGUUAUGGAAAGAAAUUUAGCUGAUUGGCAAUCUAUACUUGAUGAUAUAGAUGAUUCUAAUUUGUAUUUUUCACCAGAACAAGGCAAUGUUUUGUUCACGAGUGCUGUCGAUGGUUGGGGAUUCAGCAUUAAAGAAUUUGCACAAUUUUUUUCUACAAAAUUAGGCUUCAGUGAAAAGGUUUUAUUGAAAACUCUUUGGGGAGAUUAUUAUUUAAAUGGUAAGACAAAAAGAAUAUUGAAAGGUGCUCAAGAGAAGGCAAAGAAACCUUUAUUUGUACAGCUCAUUCUUGAUAAUCUAUGGUCUUUAUAUGAAACUAUAGUCGUUAGAAAAGAUAAAGAUAAAAUACCCUCUAUAGCUGAAAAAUUAAAUAUUAAAUUAACGACAAGAGACUUAAGGCAUACGGAUCCUAAAGCACAGUUACAAGCCGUGUGUUCUCAAUGGCUUCCUUUAGCUCGAGCAUGUAUUAAUAUGAUAUGCGAAAAAAUACCAGCACCUCAUAGUUUAUCUAGUGAAAAAAUUGAACGUUUAAUCAGUGGAAAUACUAGUUUUUCUACUUUACCUGCGGAAACACAACAACUUAAAGAAGCAUUUUUAGCAUGCAAUUCUUCACCUGAAGCACCAGUAAUUGUAUUUAUCUCUAAAAUGUUUCCAAUAGAACGAGAUUCUUUGCCAGAAAAUAAGAUGAAACCCUUAACGGCAGAAGAGUUGGCGGAAAGAAAACUAGCUGCUAGGCAGAAACAUGCAGAAAUGUUACAACGAGAAAGAUCAGAGGAAAAACCUAAUGGAGAGUGUAUAGAUAAUUCAGAUAAAAAGUCUGAGGAAGAAUCUACAACGGAUAAUGAUACAGCCACUUCUUUAAUAGCUUUUGCAAGAAUAUAUUCAGGUAUGCUUAAAGUAGGGAGCGAAGUCUAUGUCCUUGGACCAAAACACAAUCCUGCGAAAGCUUUAGAGUAUCAAAAAGCAGGAGAAGAUAUAGCUGCAAUGACGUUGAAAGAUUUACAUCCUGGAAGACAUAUUACUAAAGUAACUAUUGAAAAAUUGUAUUUAUUAAUGGGAAGAGAAUUAGAACCUAUCACCAAAAUUCCUUCUGGUAAUGUCUUCGGUAUUGGUGGUUUAGAAGCACACGUAUUAAAAACUGCAACAUUAUCCACUACUAUAGUUUGUCCAUCCUUCUCUGAGUUGACUUCUCUUGCAGUUCCAAUUCUACGAGUAGCAUUGGAACCGAAACAUCCAAAUGAUUUACAAAAGCUUAUAAACGGUUUGAAAUUACUCAAUCAAGCAGAUGCAUGUGCCAUAGUACAUAUUCAAGAAACUGGUGAGAUUAUUUUGAACACUGCCGGUGAAGUACAUUUGGAAAGAUGUUUAGAAGAUCUAACAUUACGAUAUGCCAAAGUUGAGGUCAAUGUUUCUGAACCUAUAGUUCCCUUUAGAGAAACGGUUGUACCACCACCAAAAGUGGACAUGGUAAAUGAAGUUAUCGAGAAGAAGACAGAAGAAAUAAAUUUAGAAACUUGGACGGUAAAUCGACAAUGUUGUUUCGAAAUCGAUGCUAAACCACUUCCAGAAAGUGUAACGAAAUUAUUAGAAAAACAUGCGGAUCUAUUGAAAUGGAUGGAUCAACAUUUUAGCAAAUUCACGAAAGAGAAAGAAGAUGCCUUACUUGAAGACUGUUCCGAUCUGAAUGAAUUAUCUAUUCAGGAUUCAACCAUGUCGGAUAAGCAGCAAAAAGCAAUUGAAAGCUUUAAAAACGAUUUGAUGAUUGCCUUUAAGGAAGCUGAUUGGAAGAUAAGUUUACAAAAUAUAUGGUCGUUUGGACCACGAAAAUGCGGACCUAAUAUUUUGUUAAACGAGACAGAUUAUAAACAUCGUAAUUUUUGGGAACGACAAUUUAAAUCGAUCGAUCCACGAGUGUUAUACGACAGUAGUAUGGUUAACGGUUUUCAGUUAGCUACACUCGCUGGUCCAUUGUGCGAAGAACCAACGAUGGGUGUUUGUUUUGUUGUCAAAAAGUGGCAGAUAUUUGAAGACGUAAACAAUGAAAGUGGAAAUCUAAGUCAAGGCCAUCUUGGUGGUCACUUAAUGUCAGCGUGUAAGGAAGCUUGCAGAAAAGCAUUCAAUUUAAGACGUCCACGAUUGGUGACACCGAUGUACAGCUGCAACGUCUUGGUUAAUUCUGACGUCCUUGGCAAAUUGUAUGCAGCUUUCGGAAGAAGACAAGGUCGAGUGGUGGCCGCUGAAAAUGCUUUGGGUUUCGGUGGACAAUUUCGUGUCCUGGCUACAUUACCGGUUCCUGAGAGCUUUCAGCUUGCGAGGGAACUAAGAACACAAACGUCCGGAUUGGCGAGUCCUCAGCUGGUUUUUAGCCAUUGGGAGGUUAUUGAACAAGAUCCAUACUGGGUACCAUCGACAGAGGAAGAAUAUCUUCAUUAUGGCGAGAAAGCCGAUAGUGGAAAUCGUGCGAAGAAAUACAUGGACGCUGUACGACGUCGAAAAGGUCUUCCCGUCGAUUCUCAAUUAGUUACGCACGGUGAAAAGCAACGUACUUUGUCUAAAAACAAAUGAGACAAACUGUACAUAUAUAUAUAUAUAUAUAUAUUUUCCCCCUUUCGUUACAAGAUCGGACUCGAGAAGUCCAAUUUUUUUUUUCUAAUCUCUAUAAUUUUUUUAAUGAUAUUAAUAAAUUCUUAUAAAUAAUAAAUUCGUACCAUCGAAAAAAUAUUUAUUUUAAAAUUUGUCAAAAAAAAAGAAAAAAAAAAACAACUACUGAUUCAUACGAUCAUCAUCCAUUUUAAAAUAAUAAUCUAUUAUUUUGUAUAAAGUUUUAUAGGAAUACUAUGAAAUUAAGUUUAUCUUACGUACGUUUUACUUUUUAUUUGUAUUCUUUCGAAACUAAGGAUCAACGUAAUCAAUUUUUUAUGUAGAUUUAUGAUGUAGAAUUUAUUUGUUUAACACGAAUAUAUGUUAUGUAUAUAUGUAUAUAUAUAUUAUAAACGUGCGGUGUGAACUAUUUGACUAAUAACGUUUAUUCGUAUUUGUUACUACCAAUUAUUAUAUUAGUUAACCUACUAAAUUUUUUAAGAGAUAGAAAAAAUGAAAAAUGUUUGAAACGAUCUAUUUCUUCUACUUCCUAUAAUAUUAACAAUAAUCAUGGUAUACAAUAAAGUGUACGAAAAUUCUUCUUGAACAAAGAAAUGAACAUGAAUGUUGAAAAUCGUGGACGUAAUCGCUUUCCGACGUAGAAAAUCACCGAUCAAAACGAAGUAAGUGAUGAGGCUAUAAAAUUAAUCAUUUCCCGUCUCGUCUCGUCGCUCUAUUUUGCUAUACUUCCGUAAUAUUUCCUUCUCGUAUAAAACUUAAUAUCACAUUAGAAUCUCCAAUUCAUUUGAAUUCUUACAAAAUUUUCGUUAAGAAAACUAUCGCCUAAAGAUAAGAAUAAUUUAUUUACAAAGCCUGUAUAAACAUCAAUAUAUUAUAAUUUAUUCAUUAUCGAAAAUGAUUUUCUUUCCUUGAAAACCUUGUUUUAUAAUUUCUUGUUGUUUCUUCUUCGCUGCCCAAGAGGGAUGUAAAUUUUUAUUUUCGUUAGAAUUCUCGUUCAUGACGUUGUUACGUUUCUUUGUAUCUUUGAAGGACGAUUCAUUGUUGUUCUUCUGCUUUUUAAAUAAAUUUUUAUCUCUAUUAAAA